AUGGGCGCGAGCACGACCGCGCGCGUCCUGGUGAUCGUCGCGCUCAUCGUCGCGCUCAACGUCGCGUUGAUCUACCUCGUCGGGCGGGCGAAGAUUCGCAGCAACGAUCGACUGAAGCGGCUGUUCAACAACGAGACGUUGGACACGCUUCGCAUCGGUGUCGCUGUUACAGCCGACGAGAUCAAUCCGGCGGACAGACAGUUUCUGCGCAGCGAAGUGGUGACCCGGUGCAUGCAGGCUCUCGUGUUACGCUCCAUGCAACUGAGCGGUUUCGCCGAUCUGGCGAUGUCGCUCGGCGCCGCGAGGAACAUACGCGCCGACAUCGAGCGCGCGCGUCGUCGCUUGGACGACAACACCGGCGACUCCGCGGACGCCAACGCCGAUCCGCGCGUACACACCGACGGACUGUACGAGUACAUACCGCACGACAGUCUGAACGUCUCGCUGAACGAUCUGCCGGGCUACGAGGAGCAGCACGCGCAGUUGCUGAACGCCUAUUUCGUGAUCAACGACGAGCCGGAGAGCGCCCUGUUGGCGGACGAGACGAUGGAGCGACGACCGAGCACGCGGGCCGGUGCGAAUGUGAUUCUGUACGGACCACCGGGCACCGGUAAAACUGCGGCCGCUCGAGCAGUGACCCGGUCGCUCGGUUUGAAUCUGAUGUUCGUCAACGCGGAGAACCUGCUGUCGGCCUACCGCUCGGAGACCGAGAAGAACCUGCGCUCGCUGUACCGGAAAAUGCGCGCUCUCGUUCGCACCACCGGUCGCAACGUGGUGCUGCUGCUGGACGAGGUAGGCGGACUGGUGAAGAAUCGCAGCGGUGCCGUGACCAGCGGCGAACUUCGCGCGCUUCAAACGCACAAUCGUGGAACCGUCGCGCCUGCGGAUCGUUACUUCGAACGAUCCGACACCACGUACGAGGACUUUGUGACCGAACGCCUGGCGAUGCGAGGCGACGACGACGCCGCCGUCGGUGGCGAUCGCGACGAUCGAGAGAUACGCGUGACUCUGCCGUUGCUGUCGUACACCGAGAUACUGGCGCACGUGGCGCGUUACGAACCGGUGACACUGCUCGACAAGUACGGCGAGUACGAUACGCCGCCGGUGCGACGGGACGGGAACGAUGACCAGGAUGGGUGA